GCUCUCCCCAAAGAUUUAAGCAAAUAAAAGCACAUAAAAUGCUGGAAAAUCUGCAAAAUUCAUUAAACGAAAACAAAAACAAAGGCAGACAACUCGCAAACCUACAAUAUUCAAACUAAAAACCCAAAUUCGUUUAAAUUCAAAGUCGAGUUUUGAGUCAUCCAAGUCCUGUUAAGGAAACUCUGUCCAGGAAUGGAACCCUGGCUCGGUGGCGGCGAGGCCUGGCUGAGGCUGCGGCUGAGGAUGCAUAAAUCAAACAUGGACUACACAUGUCUGUUCUGCUGCAGCCUGGCCUUCAUCCUGUAUCUGAACACCCUGAAUGCCGGCUUCGUCUACGACGACAGACGCGCCAUCCUGGCCAAUGCGGAUGUCUCUGGCAGCGGUCCCUGGCAACGCAGCUUCGCCAAUGACUUCUGGGGCACUCCGUUGACGGAUAACGGCUCCCAUGGCUCUUGGCGUCCACUCUGCGUGCUCAGCUUCCGGCUUAACUAUCUGCUCGGAGGCGGCUUUGCUCCGUGGGGCUUCCAUCUGGUCAACAACCUGCUCCAUUGCGUGGCCACUGCCUUGGUGGUGCGAGUUGCCCGCACUCUGCUUGCCUCUGUGUGGGCAGUCCUGGCCGCCGGGGCCAUCUUUGCCGCCCAUCCCAUACACACGGAAGCGGUGGCUGGUGUGGUGGGGCGGGCGGAUGUCGCCGCUUGCGUCUGCUACCUGCUCACGUACCUCAGUUAUCUCCGGCACAUGCGUUGGCGGGAGUCUGGCGAUCCUCGCCAGUGGUUGGCCUUGGGAAUAACUUUAAUCCUGGCCCUGGCCGGGUUACUUUGCAAGGAGACAGCUGUCACGGCUUUGCUCGUCUGCGCCUUGUUCGAUGUGAUGCGAGGACUGAGUGGACAGGUGGAUAAGCAACGCAUUCGUUCCGUUUGCAUAGUCCUUGGCGCUCUCUGCUGUGGCAUCUACUGCCGCCUGGUCAUCGUUCCGGGACCACAGACGGCCUUCUCCAGCGCCGACAAUCCCAUUGCCCGCACUCCCUCCGCGUGGACUCGCCUGCUAACCUUCCUCUACCUGCCCGUCUUCAACCUGAGACUGCUGCUGCAGCCGCAGGUGUUGAGCUUCGACUGGGGCAUGGAUGCCCUGCCCAGGGUCACCACGCUGUGGGAUAGGAGAAACGCCCAGUCUGCCUGCUUCUAUUCGGUGCUGGUGGGCGUGGCGUGGCGCAGCUGUCGGCAAUUGCUGCUCGGCGGUCACAAGGUGGCCAGCGGCGUUUCUAGCGGUGCCUCCUCCUCCUCAUUUCCCCAAUAUCACAUCCAGAAGGUGGCAUUAUCCGGUCGCAAGUCUCGCUCCAAGCGCAAGCGACUGGCCAACAGUAGCAGCAAGUACCAAGCCUUUGAGGCAGCCUAUCAUCACCAGGAGUCGCUACCCUGCCGCGACUGCAACAACAACAACCAGAGCAGCAGCAGCCAUGGCUAUGUCUACGAGGGCACCUCGUCACAGUCUGCCCACGCCGGCCAGAGCCAGCCCCAUCACCUCGUGUCUUCCGCCUUUCGCGGCUCCCGUAGCAGCAGCAGCUGCAGCAACAGUACCAACAGCAGCAGCUCCAGCGCCAGUUCCAGCUCGAGCUCUAGCUCCAGCUCCUCUUCAUCCUCCUCCUCCUCCUCGUCCAGCUCCAACUUUCACUGCUCCUCGGACUAUGCGCUGGAUGGCAUGUCGCCGGGCAAUAGGCACGCCUGCGUCCUGCUCAUGUCCUGCAGCUUCCUAGCCCUGCCCUUCCUGCCCGCCAGCAAUCUGCUCUUCUACGUGGGCUUUGUGGUGGCCGAGCGUCUGCUGUACCUGCCCAGCGUGGGCUUCUGUCUCCUGGUGGGCUAUGGUGUCUCCAAGCUGAUGGCCUGCUCCCAGCGCACACGCUGUACCCUGCUCCUAAGCCUCAGUGUCCUGCUGGCUGCAAUGAGCCUGAGGACAGUGCGACGGAACGCCGACUGGCGGGACGAGGAGAGCCUGUACAGGAGUGCAAUUUCCAUCAAUCCGCCAAAGGCGCUGGGCAAUCUGGGCAGUGUGCUGAGCUCGCAGGGACGGUAUGAGGAGGCCAAGCAUGUCCUGCAGGAGGCCAUUCGCUACAGGCCCAACAUGGCGGAUGUGCACUUUAACCUGGGCAUCCUGCACCAGAAUCAGCAGGACUAUCCCUCGGCCGUGGAGUGCUUUCAGCGCGCCAUCAAAUUCCGACCGAAUCUGGCGGUGGCCUACCUCAAUCUGGGCAUAUCAUUUAUAGCGCUGGGCAAGCGCCAACAGGCCAUCGAGAUCCUUCAGGCGGGCUCUAAUCUGGAUGGAGCAUCGGUUCGAGAUCGUGGGGCCCAUGAUCAGGCCAGGAGCUCGUCGUACUUGCAACUGGGAGCACUCUACGUAGAGCAGGGCAAGCUACAAAGAGCUCUGGCUAUCUAUAGGGAAGCCCUCUCCUCGCUGCCAGGAUUGCCGCAACAAAGGGAGAUCCUGUAUCAGCGAAUAGGCGAUGUCCUGGGUCGACUGCAGCAGUGGGAUGAGGCAGAGCGACAUCAUCGAGCUGCUUUGGAAUUGCAGCCCAACCAGGUGGCAGCGCAUCUCUCCUAUGGCAUUACUUUGGCCAGAAAUAGCAGCCGCGCCUCAGAGGCAGAAAUGUGGUUCAAAAGGGCCCUACAACUGGCACCCGACCAGGCCAGCGUCUAUCAUCAUUAUGCUGAAUUCCUAUCCCUGCAGUCGCGGCAUCAUGAGUCCGCUAUCUAUCAUCGCCGAGCCGCUGAAUUGGCGCCCAAGGAUUAUGCUCUGGUGGUGGCAGCUGCCACUGCAAUGCGUCUGCUGGACAGGAAAGUGGAGGCCGAGAUGUGGUACCGGAAGGCUGUGGCUCUGCGACCGGACGAUGCCCAUGCCCACACCAAUCUGGGGGCCAUACUGCAUCUACUGGGAAGGACAAAUCAUGCGGCUGCCAGCUACAAGGCAGCGCUGCGUCUACAGCCGGGAGAUGCCAUUACGCUGGGCAACCUGGCCAAGCUGGGUGUGACGAAUGUCUAGCAAGGAGCUAACGUUUAAAGUUAAGAAAAUAUUUUUAUAUAAAAAAAAAAGAAAGGGUGAGGGGGAAAAACGUAAAGAAAAGGCAGCGUUAGAUAACUCUACAGAAUUUAUACAAAGGACUUCGAUACAUAUGUAUAUCAUUUAGCAGCUGGCAGCCGUGUAAAUAUCCAAGCAGCGACCAAAAGAGAAUGUCACAAAAUAUAGUUAGCGAUGGGGGCUACAGAUAAAGAUACAGAGACAGAUACAGAUGCAGAUACAGAUACAAAUACCGAGAUACAGAGUUACACAUAGGGAUACCGAAAUCAGAGAAGCGACAGAGAGAACAAUAAUUAAAAUAUCUAACUGUUAAGGGAACGAACGUUGCUGUACAGCUAUGGGAACGAUGAUUGGGUAACUACUCGUAAUGUGCUUAAAAUAUCCAUGUAAAUGAUUGUAAAUAUGAGAAAACAUAUUAUUGACUAUAUAUAUACGAUAUAUAUAUAUAUAUUAUAUAUUGACUUGGCUUCUCCAGAUUGUUUUCUGUCCGUUGUGUAAUGUACAUUUUAGUUAAGCAAAUAAAUGAAAGGAUACCAAUAAUGGAAAGUGUAUGGAUUGUAUAGAGAUAUGG